UGUGGGGAAGCUGCAACUGAGUGCAGAGAAGCUCCUCGUUGAUCUGCUCAAAAAGCUACCGGCCGGUGGUGACUCCGAAAUCGUUUGAGCCCAGGUGUAAUAAGGCAGUGGCCUGCGUGUCAACACCAUGGCUGAGUCUGGAGGAUGUCGAUGGUGUUUCAACAACAUCCUCUGGUUUACUGCUGUCUACAGUAUGUCGGCACUGUUGCUGGGGUCAGUCAAGCCCUACACAACGUCACAGAUCACAGCACUAGAGAAACAGUUUGGACUCAGCAGUACAAGAAGUGGCCUCCUUCUGAGCUGCAACGAAAUCGGUUGUCUUUCAGCUAGUUUCUUCUUCAGCCAUUUUGGAGGAAGGGGUUGUAUACCUAGGAUCCUGUCCGGCGCAAUGGUUUUGUAUGGUAUUGCUAGUUUAAUGUGUGGUUUGUUACAUUUCAUGGAUCCUGUAUCGUUCCCUUCUUUAGAUGCCUCCAACUAUUCUUCUUCACAAGGUGCUAGAUUGUGUCAGGAUUCCGUACAGGAACAUGAGAGAUGCCCAGCCACGAAGGACCAAGCCACUGACAACGGACGUUGGAUGUACAAUGUGCAGGCCGUGCUUAUGGUGUUACUAGGAGUGGGUAAAUCCCCACAGUUUUCCCUGGGUCUACCGUACGUUGAGAAUAAUUCCAGCGACAAACAGCAGUCGAGUUUACUGACAGGCAUCAUUAUGGCGAUAGCUUUCCUUGGACCAGCUGUUGCACUCGGUCUUGGUGGAUGGCUCAGUGACGUCCCCAUUGAUCUAAGCGAGUCCCAAUUACACAGCCAUCACCCCCAGUGGAUAGGAGCAUGGUGGAUUGGGUACCUGAUCCUUGGAUGUGCAGCCAUCGUUCUUGCUGUACCCUUAGGCUUCUUCCCAAGGCACAUGAAGAAAUCAACAGUUAAAGAUAUCCACACGGCCACGUCACUGAUAAAGGAUAUAGUGGCGGAAAUAAUCAUGCCUUGUUUGAGUGCUGCCAAUCGAGACAUCGCCAUUGGCCGCCUUGAAGCUGUGGAGUCGUAG